AUGGUGCGUAGAGUAGCAGUGAUCGGGGCAGGUCCCUCAGGUCUGACCAGCAUUAAAGCUUGUCUGGAUGAAGGCUUGGAGCCAACCUGCUUUGAAAGCAGUGAUGACAUGGGUGGACUGUGGAAGUUCAAAGAAGUGUCAGAGCCCAGCAGGGCCAGCAUUUAUCGCUCCCUUACUAUCAAUAUCUCCAAAGAAAUGAUGUGCUACAGUGACUUCCCCAUCCCAGCUGAUUACCCCAACUAUAUGCGCCACUCUAAAAUCUUAAAAUAUUUCAGGAUGUAUGCAGAUCACUUUAAACUACUCAAACACAUUCGCUUCCAGACCUCAGUGAAGAGAGUCACACAGAGACCAGACUUUUCUCACACCGGUCAGUGGGACGUGGUCACAGAGGAUAAAGAUGGACUAGAAGAGAGGCAUGUCUUUGAUGCAGUUAUCUGCUGCUCUGGUCACUACACCUAUCCCAAUCUGCCACUCAAAGAUUUCCCAGGAAUUGAGACGUUUGAAGGAAAAUACCUGCACAGUUGGGACUACAAGGGACCCGAGGACAUGUACGGGAAGAGAGUGGUGGUCAUCGGCAUUGGGAACUCAGGAGGGGACAUCGCUGUGGAGGGCAGCAGAGUUGCAGAGCAGGUGUAUGUGAGCACUCGUCGUGGUGCGUGGGUCAUCCGUCAGGUUUCUGAUAAUGGUAUGCCUGUGGACAUGAAGUACAACACACGCUUUGUCCACAUCCUGUUCCAGCUGCUGCCCAUCAAUGUCCUCAACUGGAUUGGUGAGAAGAAGCUCAAUGCCAUGUAUGAUCACACCAUGUAUGCACUUAAACCCAAACACAGACUCUUCAGUCAGAUUCCGGUGAUCAACGAUGACUUGCCACUGAGAGUCCUGUCAGGAUCAGUCAUCAUCAAACCCAAUGUGAAGGAAAUCCGUGGUUCCACUGUGGUGUUUGAAGAUGGCACCACUGUGGAAAAGGUGGAUAUGAUUGUUUUUGCCACAGGGUACAACUAUGGUUUCUCCUACUUACCAAAUGAUGUUAUGUACAAAUCUGGACACCGUGUGGGUCUUUACAAACAUGUUUUCCUUCCACAUUUGGAGCAUCCAACUUUGGCAAUUGUGGGUUUCAUUCAUGCCCUUGGAGCCAUCAUGACUCAAGCAGAAAUGCAGGCUCGCUGGGUGGCACAUGUCUUUAAAGGACACAAGAAGCUGCCCUCAAACCAGUCCAUGAUCAAGGCUGUGGAAAAAGACACUAAAGAUAUUGAGAAAAACUAUAAUGUGUCUAAGCUGACCCCCCUGCAGGUGGACUUUGUUUCUUAUAUGGACAAUAUAGCUGGAGAGAUUGGAGUACGACCUAGUCUUCUCUGGCUCUUCUUCACGGACUACGCUCUGUUUAAGUGGGUUUUAUGGGGGCCUGUCACUGCAUACCAGUACCGCUUAAAGGGACCAGGCAAAUGGGAGGGAGCCCGAAGGGCAAUCUUCACCCAGUUUGACCGCAUGUACCAGCCCCUAAAAACCAGAAAGCUGCCUGAACAAGAGUCUUCCAUUACAGCCCGCCUUAUCAUGCUGAGCCUGGCUAUUCUGACUGGAGGAGGAGCUGUUUACUAUAUUCACACACGCAACCCAGACGCCAUACCCAACUUGUUGUCCAACCUUCGUCCACAAAGAGUCUAA